AUGACAUCUCCCGGGGCAAAUGUGGAUGAGUCAGAAGAAUGCACAGUAUGUGCAAAUGUAAUGAUUCUUCCGUUUACGAUUCCGGGAUGUCGCCACAAAUUCUGCUAUACAUGCGUUAAAGCAGUUAAAUUGUUGUCUAUGGGUGGAUGUCCGAUGUGUCGUCACCCAAUUGACAAUCAAGCUGUCGAGAAACCAUCAAUUCUGGGUGUCGACUUGAAGAUGACAUUGCCUGAAUCAUCCUCUGAAAACGGUGAUCAAAUAUUUUGGCUCUACGCGGCGAAAGAUCGCGGUUGGUGGAGAUACGAUCCGCGCGUCGAGAAGUACUUGGAAGAAGCUUGCACUAAAAAAUUGGAUUAUGUCGAGAUUACAAUUUGUGGAUCGCCAUAUGUCGUGAACCUCAAGAACAUGAUCCAGUGCAAAAAAAAUGGCAACCCUCAUUUAACGAGAAGAGUCAAACGUGUCACUUCGCAUGAAUUCGACCAACUUCGCGUCAAAGGAAUCGCCGGGGUCUUGGCAAGAUAA